GGCGGUCCGGCGCGGCUCCAACCAUUGGUGCAUUUGCGACGUUAUACUCCCGCUUUCACGUGGUAGUUGGGUGUCUUUAUCCCACGUCGUCGAAGGACCAUGGACCAUGCGCUGGCCGCGUGGGCCGCAGGACUCGGCGACGUUCGCGACGUCGUCCGAGCUUCCACAGUCUCGACGGUCUGGCACCGGUCGCUGACGGCCCAAGCGCCGUUCCAAGCGCGCUUUCGCCGUGAGUUUGGUCCCGAGUACGCGCUCCUCUGCGCCGAGCACGAGGCCAUUGCGCUUGUUCAAGACUGGCGAACUCUGUACAUCCAGCGAUCUCUGGGUUUUGCGACUGGGUUUCGCCUUGGCAUGGACCUGCUGCCAGCGCCAACGGACCCGACGGACCUCGCACGGCGCAAGGCCGAAGCAAGUUUGCUUCGCUGGAUUUACGUGACAGAGCAGGCCGAAGUCCUUCUCUCCCGACCGAUAGUCGGCGACGUCGUCGAGCGCCUCCCGCUGCAAGAAGCCUUGCAUUGGCAGCACUGUCUCUCGCACGCCAAGCCGCUUUACGACCAACUGUUGCACCCGGCGAUUCCGGCGGCCUGUGACGUCCUCGGCGACGCCGACUACGCGUUCAAGAUGGACGAGCAGGCGGCUUGCGUCAAGAAGCUGUACAACCAAGCCGUGUGGAAUGCCAAGUACUUCAAGGUGCUCGAGAAGCCGUUCCGGGAUCUCCUGACGAGCGACGUCAAGCAGAUCGGUACGAUCGUCCCCGCGAUCAUCAAGACGCUCAAGAUGAUGUGGUCCUCGAGCAAGUACUACAAGGACAGCGCCAAGAUGGGCUGUCUCUUGGGCCGCAUUGCGCUCGCUCUCUGCGCCCGCGUAAGCGCGACGGUCGAGAUCGACCACCUUCUCUGUGGCAACGACUUUGACGCGACCAUCUCGCUUGUCGAGAGCGCGGGCAUGAUGCUCGAGCGCUGGCACGACGUGUACACGGAGAACGACCACGGGUUCUGGGGCCCCUUUGACAGGACAGAGCUCUUUGGCCGCGUCGACGACGUCGCGCAGUGGUGCUCGGAGGUGCGGAGCGUGCUCAUGAUCCUCCGCCAGAUCAAGCUCGAGAUGAUUGAGCGCGUCCAGGAGCGUGGGCAGCCCAACGAGGUCGAGACGUUUGAGGCGAUGCUCGCCGCCAUGGACGCAGGGCUCUUCACGCACUGGGCCACGGUCGUCUUGUUCGAUUCGGGAAGCCGUGGCCCGUGGCUACACGGCGUCGCCUUCCUCCGCAGCACGUCCAACGCGCUCCUCUCGUUCGCCCACAAGCUCGGCGAGUAAUUGCGUUAUACUAACACCAAGGAUGCAAGCAGUCGCAUUCCAAGACCUUAUUUAGCGUCGGAAAAUGAUACACGGUCGGCGCUUCGCCACGUCGUACGGACAUAAGCUUACAAGAAAUAGU